AUGCGGCCUGCUCUCCACUCCCACACCUCACACAGGAUCCCUGAAGACGCAUACGCUUCUCUACCGCAUGACCUUACUGGUGCUGCAUCUUCUUAUCCCGCUUUCCAUCAUGGCGACCCCGUCGGCGACCACAACACCUCCAACUUUGGCGUAUCAUCACCGCCGGAACAUCACACACUACCUUCACAGCACGCACACACAGACCAUGACGGCAUACGUCUCGAUCUGAACUUGUCACCCGAAUCUAGCCGACCAUUUCAUGUCCCGGCCUCAACAGCUGCACACCAUGAGUCCCAUGACUUCACCGGACCCUCCACAUCCUCCGAAUUCAGAACGAUAGCUGCACCACCUCCCAUACCGCCCAAUACCGCACCUCCAGGCCAUUUCGACAUGCUUCCACCUCUACCUUCUACACAUACUACCUGGCAAGCGCUCCACACCUACGCGCAAACGCACGCCUCGGCUCACGGCUACGCCCUCUCCAUCAACACCACCGCAAAGAACCGGUCCCGCAUAAAACUCGCAUGUGUGUGCUACGGCGCCCCUAAGAAUACGCACAAACUGACGCCCGAGACAAGGGUGCGCAAGAACAGAGUGAGCUACAAGACGGGGUGCAAGAUGUGGAUCGAGGCGAGAAAGGGCGAGGAUGGCCUUUGGGUGUUAAGGGUUGGCGAAGGUGCGCAUAAUCAUGAGGGAAGGGACACUCAAGGGUGGGCAGUACAGAGAAAGAGGACGUGGGGCGUACAGGGAGGCCGCGUAGGCACCGGCGGCGUGACAGCCCUGGAAGAGCGGGAACAGCUGCGGAUGCGCAGCGUUGAUCAAGGCCAUGGCGACGAUGUCCGGCCCGAGGAGAGCCACAAUACGCUACAAGGUCGCGAUGACCGGAACGCAAGUCAUAGCCUCGAAAGUGGGGGUCUUGUAUGGAAAAUUAUCGAGCACGAGAUGCUGCGCAAAGGUGUUGCGGGUCAAGGCCCCGACCGCGGCGUCGGCCGCACGGUCAAGAUUUUGGAAGGGAAGCUCCCCGGCAUCCAAAUUUUCAAGCGCGACGUCUACAACAUCCGAGCACAAAUUAAGCGCACGCGGAAGGCGGCCGGUCAACAAGUAGGCGAGAAUCUCGCGAUUUCUGACGAUGAGGAAAAUAACCCGUCGGAUGCGGAAGUGUCUCUGCACGCCCAGUCCAGUCUUCGUCAGUACCCGACUUCCCAAGAUAACGGCAAUGAGGAGCGAGGCGGCUUCGCGCAGAUCGAUCCCGGCCUGAUAGCGCAGUGUAACUCCGCGCUAGAGAACGUGCAGCGACCGGAAGGGGAAGAGUCGGAGCUCGAUCAGUUACGCAGAGAGAUCAGCACUUUGCGGUACGUGCUUUCUUCGCGGACCAAGGAGGUCGAAAAGAAGAACGAGGAGAACGAGACCCUGAGAGUGCAACUAGAAAUCGCAAAUAUGGCGCUGUAUAAUGAGCGGGGUGGGUCGUCGGGGCAGUAG